AAGGGGCUGGGCCUGUUCUCCAAGGUUCAUAUCCCCAAGGGGACCUUCGUGAUGAGCUACCUCGGGGAGAGGAUCGAUGACUUCGAGCUUCACCGGAGGUACUUCGCAGACCCCACCGCCGUUGCAGCGUCAUACAUCAUGAAAGUGACGGAGGAGGAGUACAUAGACGCCUCUGACGCUUCCAAGAGCAACUUUGCAAGGUACAUCAACCAUGCAGAUCAUCCUAACCUAGACAAGUUUGUGGCGAGGAAGCCCGGCGGAUUCGUCAACCUCUUUGCGAACAGAGACAUCGAGGCAGGAGAAGAGCUGUCCUUCAACUAUGGAAGAGAUUACUGG